AGAGAAUUCAACUUACUCUUUUUCUCCUCCUUCUUCAUGUCUUCCCUGACACAUGUUUUGAGAUUGCAAUUUUUUUUUUAGCAGUGGGGAAGCUGUGAAGUUCUAAGUUUUCAACUGGGAAUGUUCAUGCUCUUCCUGCAGUAGAAAUAUAUGAAGAAUAUGGAUUCGAAGAAACCUAUUCGGAACCUCACUGACACAAUUCAUUCUUUACUGGGACUCAAGUCACAUUUAACCUCUGCCUGGGUCAAGUCAGUAUGUGAUAUAAUAAAAAAUCUACCCCAUGAAAGAUCAAGAACAGAUGCUGGGAAAAGUAAAGAUGAUAAAUCUGGCACUGACAUUUCUAAAAUUAAAGAAGAACUCGCCACCUUAACUGCCAGCAUAAACCAGUUGAGUAUACAGAGGAGGCAGAUCUUAAAUGAGUUAUUGGACUUGAAAGGAAAUAUUCGUGUAUUUUGUCGCAUAAGACCUAUCACACUGGGGGAGAAUUUUGGUCGUCUAAGACCUGUUGUUGCUUUGGAUUCAAGUAAUGUUCAUCUAAAACUUGCUGACAAUAAAACCAAAAGUUACAGUUUUGACAAGGUGUUCCACCCGGGUUCAUCACAAGAUGAAGUGUUUUCAGAAGUUGAACCAGUUAUCAAAUCCGUCCUGGAUGGUUACAAUGCAUGCAUUUUUGCUUAUGGUCAAACAGGAACAGGGAAAACCUUUACAAUGGAAGGCACUCCAGACUCUCCAGGAAUUGUGCCCCGUGCAACAGAGGCACUGUUUAAGCAAGCAGGUGAUAGCAAUCAUGCAUUUAUCAUCACUUUCAGUAUGCUUGAGAUUUAUUUGGGAAAUCUCAAGGAUUUGCUUGUACCUCAGCCAACAAAACCAACAGAUCCUCUGCCCCCAUGCCUCUCAAUUCAAACAGAUCCAAAUGGAGGGAUUGAAAUCGAGAACAUAGUGUCCAUCCAAGUAAAUGACAUCAACCAAGCUCUCAAGCUGUAUAGAUUAGGAUGCCGCUCCAGAUCGACUGCCACAACAAAUUCAAAUGCAACUUCAAGCAGAUCUCACUGCAUGAUCCGCAUAUCAAUCACUUGCUUUGAUGCUCCUGAGAGGAGACGAGAAACAAACAAAAUUUGGUUAGUUGAUCUUGGUGGAAGUGAGCGUGUGAUGAAGACAAAGGCAUGGGGAAGAAGACUUGAUGAAGGAAAGGCAAUUAAUUUAUCUCUUUCUGCUCUUGGAGAUGUAAUUAACGCCCUUCAAAGGAAAAAGUGUCACAUACCCUAUAGGAAUAGCAAGCUGACACAAGUUCUCAGGGAUUCCUUAGGUGAAGAUUCAAAAACCCUUAUGCUUGUCCAUGUCAGCCCCAAAGAAGAAGAUUUAUGUGAAACAAUAUGUUCUUUAAAUUUUGCAACAAGGGUGAAAAGCGUUCACUUGGGGCAUGAGGAGUCAACUGAAAUAAAAAGCCAGAAGGAGAAUGAAAUGAUGAAUUUGCAGCAGAAGAUGGAAAAAAUUGAAGAUGAACGCCUACAUCUUAGAAGACAGAUCAAGAAAUUAAAUGAAAAACUAGAAAAUCUUACAGGAACAGCAAUGGAAGAGCAACUGGAAGCUUCCCAUUUUUCUACCCAAGGGUCAUUUAUUGACCUUAACAUGGUCAAUAAAAGGAAUGAAAAUGUCAAACCAGCUUCCUCAUUCCAGCUACCUAGAUUUAUGAGGUCAACUAUUUGCAGUAGAAGAAAAUCAGGAAUGGAUCAUCAAACUUCAUCAGGGAGAGAUCGAGUCUUUUCAAAAAGUAGAAGGCCGUUAUCCCACCGUGCUGAGUCAGUAACUUUGCCUGUGAAAAAUUAUUCAGGGUACAAGUCAGAUUGCAGCAUUUCAAAAUCUACCUGUAUGCUGGAAUUGAACAUGAAAACCAGUGCUGACAAUGAGACAGAAUACAGCCAAGAUGCAUCUGAAUGUGAUAUAAAAAUGAUCGUAUGCCCUGAAAAGGAAAAAUCACAUUGGACAACAGUUAGUCAAAAAGGCCAGCUUGGUCACCUCUACAGCAAUGGAGGCCAGAGAUUAAGAAAAAGCAGCUCCAAGCAAUUGUUGAAGGUUGACAACUGGCUUGACCUGAAUAAGAAUGAGCCUCCUAUCAGUGGUUAUGCUCCUAGGAACAAGCAGGUACUAGCCAUUCCUCUCCCAGAGAAGAAACAUGGAAAUAGAGGACAGAAGACUUCUACCUAUAGCCUUGCUACUGAAAAGAUUGUCAACCAAAAUAACAUGGAGAGGCAGUUUGAUAUCUUCACAGGUGGAAGGACUGUGUCAGGGGUGGUUACUGACAAACCACCCACAUUAAAGGAUUUAUUGUAUGAGGAAUCAAGAUCUAGCUUUAUUAUUCCAUCUCAUGCAACGAAUGAUCGGACACUGAUGCAAUCACAGAACUUAUUAGAAGGCUUAUCUAUGGAGGAUGAUGAAUGUGGAAGUCCUUCCCUGUCUGAUAUUUCCUGUGGAGGCCUUCAAGAGUAUGAUGAUGAAAAUGAGGUCUCAGAAAUGUAUGGGAUGCAAGCAGUAAAGGACCUGGCACAAUGUUCAGAGGGUUCCAUGUUAAAGAAUAGUGGGCACCAGUUUUCUCCAUCUGAGUUGGAUAACAGUAUCAUUGACUCAAAAGAAGAUACUGCUGUUUUCACCCCAGAAUCAGAAGAGAAAUGGCACUGUGAAGAAGUGCAUUCCAAACUUGGUAUGGAAAACAGUAGAGAGGAAGACACAGAUGCUUCCACUGAAUCCCCAUCAAAAGGGACAAUAACAACCUCAUGCAGACCAAGAUCUCAAAAAAAACUAUUCAUGGAUGACAGAAAUCAGGAGCUAACAGUAACACUUGUUAAAUCACAAGGAAUUACACAGAGAAGAGGUAAGAAGUUUUGAGGCCUAAACCAAAGACUGUCAGAAUAUGAAACUACAGAAAACAACUUAUGAUUCCUCAAGUCUUAAUCCAUGAUUACAAGUUUUCUCUUAAUGUCUUUUUGCCAGGAUCAUAUAAUAUUCUUAAACAUAAAGUUCAACUUUCAUGUGCCACUGCUCUUCUAGGAUUGGGAUUGCUUGACUUGGGAUUUGAUGAUAACUUCUUCUACGGUUUGAUGCUUUGAGGCAGCUCUAGUAGACAAAGGAGGCAGAAAAGAAUCCUGUAAUUAAAUGGAAGUCAUCAGCAAAAAAGAGAUAUGGAAGUCUUCAUUCCAAUAAAGCAAGUCCCCACCUAUAUGCAAGUCUUAAUCCCAAUAAAGCAACCAUGAAUAUUUGUAUACUUAUGCAGAGAAAGUGAGAAAGGUAUGUGGCUCAUCUACAUUGUCCUAAAAUGAGUCUUUGCAGAUUUUACUAGGCAUCCAAAGACACAAGAGAAUCACAAAGUUAUGUGCCCAUCAUGCCUUGUGAAAGCUAUUCUUUCUGUGUAAGUGGUAACCCUGUAAAUAGCAACCAUGUAUUUAUCACUAGCAUAUUAGUGUGCAGGGAGCUCAUCCUGAUGCUCCUAAUUUACCAAAGCAAGUGUAAUGGUGAGUUAAUCUUCCUUAGUGAAUAUUUAUCUUCUACUAUGAUUUCAUUUUGUUUUUCCUAAUACAUCCAUGAGAUGACC